AGAAAAUAGCACAGUUUUUUUCUUAUGUUAGCAGCCUAAAUCAUUCAGGAACGUGCCAGAGCCAAGCCAAACACAUGCUGACACUAGAUUUGGUAAUUAGUUUGAUAAAGUCAACUAAAAUCUUGUGAAUCUGCGCGUUUAUGUAAUAUAUAAUAUGUAUUAUUCCAACAUAUAAGUCUAUAAUUGCGAUACAGAUAUAGUUCCAUGGAAGUCUAGUGGUACAAAUUUUGUCAGUUCUCUGUUAAACCUACUUGGGAGUUUUCUUCACAAGGAUGAAGAACAGGUAAGGCUUUGGUUGCUUUCUGCUGUGAGCUCUGGUUCUGAUUGGUAGCAGGUUGCUGGAGUUUGACAUUUUGGAAUGAGACGCUCAACGGAAUUGUUAGCUUAUCCAUUCUUCACCAAUUUGGAGCAGUUAGGAUCAUGGCUUCUCCUAAUAAAUACUUUUAAUGUAGAGACCUCCUCUUUCUUUCACCUGUAAAUCUUUGUUUGUUUCCUCAGGAUUCUGUCAAGUUCUCACUGGUAAUCUUCGUUUGUCUUGAACAGUUUCUUUAUGUAUUAUUCUACUCGUGUUGACUUUUGGCUUCAUAUUGCUAAUUUGCAGCCUCUGGUCUGGAAGUUUGUAUCUCAUUGAUUUUCAGUGAGAAACAAAGAGCUAACAUGCUGUGUGAUCUUAAAAGGAACCUCCGGUCUCUGUGUUCAAGGUUUCAAUGGCUAAUCAGAAAACGGCUGAGGGCUAAAGUUAUCGUCAAGAGUCUCAGGAAGGCAAGGCGGAGAGCUCGGAGAAAGGAAUGCUCGGAAACCGAGAUUUCUUCUAUCCAUCUGAGCUCAUACUCCAGAAAACCUGUCCGGGUUGCCACGUUUAACGUUGCAAUGUUCUCACUUGCACCCGUCACACAAAGCACGGAUGGAUCUUCCGUACUUGGCUCUCAAAAUGCCAACAUCACAAGCCCCGCUCGAAAAGGGAUACUUAAGCAGUCUCCAUUACAUUCUUCAACGGGGAAGAAGCCAAAAGUCUGCAUCAAUCUUCCAGACAAUGAGAUUUCCUUAGCGCAGAACUACAGUUUUCUGAGUUUAGUGGAGCGUGAUAAGGACAGAGGAAAUAUCUCAAUGAGAUCUCCUGUGUGCCUUCCUCUGAGCUGGUGGGACCAGGAGAGCUUCAAUGGCAUCAGCAGCAGAAGAAGCAUGGCUGAGUUGUUGGGAGAGGUGGAUGCAGACAUAUUAGCGUUGCAGGACGUGAAGGCAGAGGAAGAGAAAGGUAUGAAGCCGCUGUCUGAUUUGGCGUCUGCCUUAGGUAUGAACUAUGCCUUUGCAGAAAGCUGGGCACCGGAGUACGGUAACGCCAUUCUGUCAAAAUGGCCCAUAAAGAAGUGGAGAGCUCAGAGAAUCGCCGAUGAGGAUGAUUUCAGGAAUGUGUUGAAGGCAACCAUAGAAGUCCCAUGGGCUGGAGAAGUGAACGUGUAUUGUACCCAGCUCGACCAUCUGGACGAGAACUGGAGAAUGAAACAGAUAGACGAGGUUACUCGAGGAGACAAGUCCCCUCACAUCUUGUUGGGAGGCUUGAAUUCUCUCGACGUCUCAGACUAUUCCGCUGAAAGAUGGAAUCACAUUGUAAAGGUGGGUUGGUACUGUGAUGGGUGCCAGUAUUAUGAGGACAUUGGAAAGCCUACACCAAGAGAUGACUUGAUGAGAUUUCUCAAGGGAGAAGGAGCAUAUUCAGAUGCAAAAGAGUUUGCAGGAGUGUUUGAGCCGGUGGUCAUCAUUGCCAAAGGCCAAAAUGUACAAGGAACAUGCAAGUACGGGACUCGGGUCGAUUACAUACUGGCUUCGCAAGAUUCACCCUAUGAAUUCGUACCCGGCUCAUACUCUGUCGUUUCUUCCAAAGGUAGCUCUGAUCACCAUAUAAUCAAGGUCGAUGUAGUUGUAACAGAUGGUGGUUCUGGUCGAGCUAAACUGAGAAUGAAGCGGAAAAUCGCCACCAUGAUAAAAGAGGCACUGAGAUGGAAGAGUUACAUGGAAACUAAGGGACUUGUGCUUUAAGGGAAACUUAGUUUAUUAAUUAUUAUUAUAGGAUGAGAUUUUGUUUGUUCUUCUUCCUCUGAUCACAUAUAUAUAUUACAUGAACCCUAGAAUGCCAAUACAAAGUGUUUUGCUUUCCCUUCA